AUGGAGGCGGAUAAACCGUCACAGGCGACAACCACUUCUAAUAAAGGAUUCACCGGCGCUGCCGGAAGGAGGGGCGGAGACAAGAAAAAAGCCGUUCAGAAGUCCGUCAGAGCAGGCCUUCAAUUUCCUGUGAGUCGUGUUGCUCGUUACCUGAAGAAAGGUCGUUAUUCCGAGCGCACCGGCAUCGGUGCUCCGAUCUAUCUCGCUGCUGUCCUCGAGUACCUAGCGGCUGAGGUGUUGGAAUUGGCUGGAAAUGCGGCACGAGACAACAAGAAGAACAGGAUAAACCCUAGGCAUGUUCAAUUGGCCGUGAGGAACGAUGAGGAGUUGGCGAAGCUACUAUCAGGUGUAACAAUUGCCAGUGGCGGUGUUCUUCCCAACAUCAACCCCAUUCUUUUACCCAAGAAAGCUUCAGCUUCUCAAACCCCGAUUAAGACCUUCGAUUCAAAAUCUCCCGCAAAUUAGUUUCCUUUCUGUUGGUGAUUGGUCUGUUUCAAGACCAUCACCAAUGGACCGUCAAAUCACCAAAUCUCCUGUUGAUUUGCCUCCAAAUUUUUUUCAUAUGGCCACCAUUUUUCCUAGAAAAUCAUCUUCAGAAUCUUAAAUUAUGUGCUUUUUAGAGUACG